AGUGAUGGAGACCAAACGAGUAGAAGAAUACGAAAGAGACGAAGAGGAAGAGGAGGAUGAGGAGCAGAUGGAAGAAUGGGAUGACUGGCAGUCGGAGGAGGAGGAGGAAUCUUCCUCCCGUUGCCUCUGCUUGUUCUGUUGCUCGAGAUUUGGCUCCGCGGAGAUUUUGUUCGACCACUGCCGAUCCGAGCACUCCUUUGAUUUCCACCACGUUGUUCGUGAGUUGGGCUUAGAUUUCUAUGGCUCCUUCAAGCUUAUCAACUAUGUGAGGUCUCGGGUUGCAGAAAACAAAUGUUGGUGUUGCGGACUUACCUUACAGUGUAGCAGAGAUCUUCAGAACCAUUUACAUCCAGCUUCUAAUUUUGAAAAGGAUGGAAAUUUUUUCUGGGAGGAUGACUUGUAUUUAAAACCAUAUAUGGUAGAUGAUCCACUUCUGCAUAGUUUUGCUGGUGAUGAAGAUGAGGAAGAAGAUCCUCCUGCAGUAGAUGAAGAAAUGAUGAGAGAGCUAAUGACCAGUGAGGAACUACCCAAACUUUGUAAUGAUGGUCAAAGCAUGAUAAAUGGUGAUUCUCCCAUAUCUGAUGUUUUUAAGGAAACUGGAAAUACAGAGGCAUCUCUAGACAGCAUGGAUAAAAUUUCUCAGGGAAUGAUGACCAACGGCAUGAUUCUAAAGCCGUGUGAUCAGAAGCAGAAAGAUAAGAUAUUAAGGGUGUCUCUUGCAAAUGUUGUUGCAAGGAAAAUAAAAAAUGUAAAUGAGAAGUACUUUGGUUCUUAUGGCUCUUUUGGUAUACAUAGGGAGAUGCUUAGUGACAAGGUAAGAACGGAUGCUUAUAGAGGAGCACUUUUAAAUAACCCAUCUCUUAUUAACGGAGCUACUGUUUUGGAUGUUGGUUGCGGCACAGGAAUCUUAAGUCUUUUUGCAGCUCAGGGCGGGGCGUCAAAGGUAAUUGCUGUUGAAGCAAGCUCGAAGAUGGCUGCUGUCGCAACUCAGAUAGCUAGGGAUAAUGGCCUAUUGUCAGAGGACAGCAUGAAAGGUGAAGAGCAGCAUUCUGGAGUAAUAAAUGUGGUGCAAUGUAUGGUUGAAGAGCUUGACAAAUACAUAUAUAUUCCACCUAAUAGUGUUGAUGUACUAGUCAGCGAGUGGAUGGGUUAUUGCCUAUUAUACGAAUCCAUGCUCAGUUCAGUUCUCUAUGCACGUGAUAGAUGGUUGAAGCCUGAUGGUGCCAUUCUCCCAGAUACUGCAACCUUAUUCGCAGCUGGAUUUGGAAGAGGUGGAACAAGCAUUCCUUUCUGGGAAAAUGUAUAUGGUUUUAACAUGUCUUGCAUUAGCAAGGAAGUUAUGGAGGAUGCUUCUUGUGUUCCUAUUGUCGAUGCAAUAGACAGUCGGGAUAUCAUGACGGAAUCAGUAGUUAUCCAUUCCAUUGAUCUGGCCACCAUGAAGAUAGAUGAGAUGGAUUUCACAGCAAUCUUCGAGUUGAAACUGAGAACAGAUCCUGCUAACAAUGCAACAUCUAGAACAUGUCCUUGCUAUGGGAUUGUGCUGUGGUUUGAUACUGGUUUCACCAACAGAUUCUGCAAGGAGAUGCCUACCAUUCUCUCUACUUCACCUUACACUCCAAGGACUCACUGGUCUCAGACCAUCUUGACAUUUCGAGAACCAAUCACUAUGACAUCUUCUGAUGCUUUUGUCAGCACUACGGCAGCAGUUGGCACAGAAGAGAGCCCUGCUGUUAGGAUCAGAGCCCGCAUCAGCAUUGCUCGGUCCUCAGAACACCGCAGCAUAGACAUAUCGCAGGAGAUUUCAGGCAUCAGCUCGGAUGACCGUAAGCACAGUUGGCCAGUUCAAAUCUUCAGUUUGUGAUGAGAUUUUGAUAUCUUUGUGGCAGCUCAAAAUUUUCUUUUCCUGGGCUGUUAUGGCAUCGACGUGUUAUUUUAUAUGCUAUUUAUAUAUUGGUCUUUUAUGGUGAAA